AUGAAACACACUCAUCCAGUCACACCCGAGCUAGCCACCCUUUAUCCGAAACGUAGGAAAUUGCAAAGUGAGUUCUAUGUGAAGGAUCCUUCAUCCUCCCUGGCGGCUGGCUUUCGCUAUGAAGAAACUUCAACAGAACCUGAGAGAGUCUGCCCCAAAAAACCUCUGAAUGUCUUCUCCUACGUACAAAAGAAUUCUCAAUCGCCUCAGGAGUCACUUAUACGUCCUCAGACCACAAUUCUGAAGUCGAAAUCAUGUUUUCCAACUGAGCUUGGGGAAAUUUCUUUUACUUCAAAACAGACUGUCCUGAAUACUGACAGUCAGGCAGUUACUAUAGACCCUUUAAAGAUGUCCAACGGCCCCUGGUUUACCACAACAGAAAGCGCUCACGUUCCCGAACUCCAAUAG